AUGUAUGACCAGUCGGUGCCUCCCCAAAGGCCCGUCGCUCAGCGGUGCAUGGAAAGCCGCAAUGGCUGGCAGUAUACCUCAUCUCUAACGUAUGAUGGCGUCCUUGUGAUGGCCGAGGCCUUCCGCACCCUUCGCCGUCAGAAAAUUGACAUUAGUCGCCGUGGUAACGCUGGUGACUGCCUGGCCAAUCCGGCUGCUCCCUGGAACCAAGGAAUAGAUAUGGAGCGGGCACUCAAACAGGUGCGCAUUCAGGGCCUGACUGGGAACAUUCAGUUUGAUCACUACGGUCGAAGGGUCAACUACACCAUGGACGUGUUUGAACUAAAGAGCAACGGACCACGCAAGAUUGGCUACUGGAACGACAUAGACAAACUUGUGUUGGUCCAGAAUGAAAAUGCUCUGUCCAAUGACAGCUCAGCGAUGGAGAACCGGACAGUUGUUGUGACAACCAUCAUGGAGGGUCCCUAUGUGAUGCUGAAGAAGAACUGGGAACUUUAUGAAGGCAACGACCAGUUUGAGGGAUACUGUGUGGACUUGGCCUCGGAAAUCGCCAAGCACAUUGGAAUCAAAUACAAGAUCUCCAUCGUGCCAGAUGGGAAAUAUGGAGCCAGAGAUCCGGAGACGAAGAUAUGGAACGGCAUGGUUGGAGAGCUUGUGUAUGGGAAAGCAGAAAUUGCUGUGGCCCCGCUGACCAUCACUCUGGUGAGAGAAGAAGUGAUUGACUUCUCGAAGCCCUUCAUGUCUCUGGGAAUCUCCAUCAUGAUCAAGAAGCCCCAGAAGUCUAAACCAGGUGUUUUCUCUUUCCUGGACCCACUGGCCUACGAGAUCUGGAUGUGCAUAGUGUUCGCUUACAUUGGAGUCAGUGUUGUGCUGUUUUUGGUGAGUCGCUUUAGCCCUUACGAGUGGCAUGCAGAGGAACCAGAGGAAGGCACAGCAGAACUGGGCCCCACUGACCAACCUCCCAACGAGUUUGGCAUCUUCAACUCCCUCUGGUUCUCUCUGGGAGCCUUCAUGCAACAGGGCUGUGACAUCUCACCACGGUCUCUGUCUGGACGUAUUGUUGGAGGUGUUUGGUGGUUCUUCACGCUUAUCAUCAUCUCCUCUUACACAGCCAAUCUGGCUGCUUUCCUCACUGUGGAGAGGAUGGUCUCACCUAUAGAGAGUGCAGAGGACUUGGCCAAACAGACAGAGAUAGCCUACGGGACACUGGACUCAGGCUCUACAAAGGAGUUCUUCAGGAGGUCCAAAAUAGCUGUUUACGAGAAGAUGUGGUCAUAUAUGAAGUCUGCCGAACCAACCGUCUUCACCAAAACCACUGCGGAGGGCGUGGCAAGGGUCCGUAAGUCCAAGGGGAAGUACGCUUUCCUCCUGGAGUCAACCAUGAACGAAUACACGGAGCAGCGCAAGCCUUGUGACACCAUGAAAGUCGGGGGGAACCUGGACUCCAAAGGAUAUGGGAUUGCCACUCCGAAAGGCUCACAGUUAAGAACCCCGGUAAACCUCGCAGUUUUGAAACUGAGCGAAGCAGGCGUCUUAGACAAACUGAAAAACAAAUGGUGGUAUGACAAGGGAGAGUGUGGACCCAAGGACUCUGGAAGUAAGGACAAGUCGUCCCAGGCUCUGAGCCUGUCCAACGUUGCCGGGGUCUUCUACAUCCUUGUGGGCGGCCUGGGCCUGGCCAUGCUGGUGGCCCUGGUCGAGUUCUGCUACAAGUCACGGGCCGAAGCCAAGCGCAUGAAGCUGUCUUUUUCUGAAGCCAUGCGGAACAAGGCCCGUCUGUCCAUCACAGGAAGUGUGGGGGAGAAUGGCCGCGUCUUAACGCCAGACUGCCCCAAAGCCGUGCAUGCUGGCCACGCCUCCCUCCGACACCCCGGCCUUGCAGUGGUCUCCUCUGGACUGCCCUGAAAACCAAAAACACCUGCCGUGCCUUAAUGACACACAAACAUAUAGACUUCGAAAAGGACACACACACAUACCCACAUGUGCUUACACAUAAUCACACACAUAAAACAUGCAUAUAAUUACAUAUACUUAAAUGCAAAUACUCAGAUCAGAGACACUGAACACACAUUUUUACACACUUGAAUACACAAACACAAUGCGCAUCAUCAUCUCACUUUCCUGCUGCCAUUGACUUAUUUCACAAGAGACAAGGGAAACUGUGGCGUGGGAACAGUGGAGAAAAACAAAAACAAAGGACGACUAUGACUAUCACACUUGCCUGCAGCAUUUGUUUUAUUAUUUUUCGGAAGGAUGCCAUCCUGAUAUCGACAAACCAACAGGAAAGCCAGCACAGACCUAAAUGAACUACGAGCUGUGAACAUGCCCACAAAACGGAUGAUGAUGAUGAUAGUGAUAAAGAUGAUGUUCACAGCUGACAGAAAAACAAAAGACAACCAACGAACAUCUGUUUCUGCUGUCUUCAUUGGACGAUGUUGGCCAACAAGCCACACCCCUCGACAACGCCUUACUAAGACUACAAAACAUUGUUUUCAUCAUGGUCAUCAUCAUCUUUUAACUUGCCUGCAGAGACUGAGUGCCAGGUAUCAUCACCCUUAGAAGACCAGAAAACUGUAACCUUGAACGUUCAGACUGAGAAAAACUCGCUACUUUGCCAUGGACUGUUCAAACUGAAUGAAAAUGCUUUCUUACUACGCAUAUAGAAUGACUUCUCGCCCCAAACCAGCGAGAAAUAAUCAGCCAAUAUAGAACAGAAGUAACCUCGAAACAUACGUGUGGCUGAUCUCGGCCACAGAAUUCACAGGGGUUUGUAAAAGAAAAAAAAACAAUAGUAAUUAAAGAAGUCCUUCAUCAACAGCAUCGUCAUGACAGCAGAAAUGCUAAAUAGCAAAUUCAUUAUUACUUUUUGCCGAGUGACAAAGGCGAGGUUUAAACUGUAUAUUCAGUCAUGGAAAGAAAAAAUAAAACACAUGGGCAGAUCUCA